UUCUAUUCUUGAGGCUUUUGAGUAGCUUGCACCUUGCAGUGAACUCUCUGUAUUUACGUUCAUUCAGUCUUCUCUUUAUGAUAGACUUGAAUAUUGAUACGCCUCCUGGAGAGUGUUGUUCACUUAGUUGGCUGCUGUGAAGAGGUUUCUCUUCACCAUGGAAAUUAUUCUGCGAUCAUCCACCCCUGUUGUCUUCUGUGGACGUCCAAGUCUUUUUAUCUUGCUGAGUUCAUCAAAGAACUUGCUGAGUUCUUUCUCAGCAUGUACCAAACUGUAGAUUUUGCCACUCUUAAUAUUGUAGCAAUUUCUCAGGUGGGUUUUUUCUGUUUUAUUCUGUUAUCAGAUUCAGGAUGUACAGUGCAGUUUUCAUCCUGGUCUUCGGAUGCUGGCUCUUUAUCCUCUUGAAGCUAUUCGAGGGUGUGUGGGAGUUUGCCCAAAAGUCUACAGUGCUUUGUGGACUUGGAGAAGGUAUUCAACUGCAGUCCUUGGGGUGUCCUAUGAACGGUGCUUUGGAACUAUUGGCUCUCCAAAAAGUUACUUUCCUGGAUGAUUGAGAAUGCAUCAAGACGAACUAUUAGCUAUUUUGCCAUUGUCAAAGGGCAGUUAGUCCCUGUACAGCUGCCCUGAGAACUUGGUCCAUGUUGGCAACAAUAAGUUGGACUCAUUCCUGGUGGAUGAUGGCUUCCAGCAGUGCUGCCCUUCAUCACCAGUUCUACUCUACAUUCUACUUUUAUAUCAUCAGGACUUCUUGGUACAGCCAUGUGGUAGAGAGUCUCAGGUUUGGUGGUCCCAGAAUCUUAACUGUGUGUUCAACAGACAACUUGUUUCUUUUGGUGGUGUCUUGAUGCACUUUGCAGCUGUAAGUCACCUGGUGCAGAGUGUGAAACAGCGGAAAUGAGAAUUUAGCGUCUCCAAGCACAAGGCUUUUCAGCCGGACAAGGGUGGGGUGGCCACUUCCAGACCAAGGCAGACCCACGACAUGAUGGCCUGGGAAUGCUUCAGUGUCACCCGGAAGAGCUGGAGAAGAUGACCAGGGAGAGGAAGCUCUGGGCUUCUCUGCUACAGCAGUGGACCUGGAUACAUUAAAUUUUUCUGUUCUUAGGUGCAUUUAAACACUAAUUAUACAGCUUACAUGUUGAGGAGAACAUGAUGAGAGACACCCCACAAGAGCACGUCUGUAAGGAGGAAGAGGAGAUUCUCCCUGAGGAGCAGCUCUGGAACCAGGAUAGGAGAUCCAGUCUGGACUAGGAGGAACCAGAACCUCCACAGAUUAAAGAGGAACAGAAGGAACUGUGCAGCAGUCAGGAGGGAGAGCAGCUGGGACUGAAGGAGGAGACUGAUACCUUUAUGGUGACUGCUGCUGAGGAAAGAUACCACAGUGAACCAGAAGCAGGCAGUGAUCUGCUCAUCACUAACACAUCUUGUCUAGCAGUGAGCCAUGAUCAGGAAGGAAGCACUGACGAUGCACAAAACUUUCCACAGAGUCAGUCUAACACUAACACAGGUAAAAAGUCUUUAAAAUGUGAUGGCUGCAGAAAAUCCUUUACACAUAAGUCCCGCGUGACUUUACAUAACAGAAUCCACACAGGUGAGAAGCUGUUCCUUUGCACAACAUGUGGGAAAAGAUGUAGUCUAAAGGAUCCUUUGUUAGACUGUGUGACAGUCCAAGCAGCUAAAACUACACAUCUCUGUAAGACCUGUGGUAAAAUGUUUUCUAAUGCAUCAAUACUUAACAGGCAUAAAAUAAUCCACUCUGAUGAGAAGCAGUAUUCCUGCAAAACAUGUGGGAAAGGUUUUCACUAUAAACACCAUUUAGUUGUCCAUUUGAGAGUCCACACAGGGGAAAAGCCAUAUAUUUGUAAAACAUGUGAUAAAAGAUUUACAGCGUCGUCCUCACUUAAAAAACAUUCAUGGCUCCACUCAGGUGAGACACCUUACUCUUGUAAAACAUGUGGGAAAGGGUUUGCUACGACAUCUUCAUUUACACUACAUUCAAGAAUCCACGCAGGUGAUAAGCCAUACUCUUGCAAAACGUGUCGGAAAAGUUUUUCCACCAAAUCGUCGCUUAAAAUACAUUCAAGAAGCCACUCAGGUGAGAAGCCGUAUUCCUGCGAAACAUGUGAAAAACGGUUUUCCACAACAUCAUCGCUUAAAAUGCAUGCAAGACUCCACUCACGUGAGAAACCAUAUUCCUGCAAAACAUGGGAAAAGUUUCCAUCUAAAUCGAUUUGAAUAUCAAUACAAGAACUCACACAUGUGAGAAGUCGUAGUCGUGAACUAUUUAUAGAGAAGACAAAGUCAAGCUUUUUGACUUUUUGUCCUCAAACAAUCAAGCAGCGAUUGUCUGACUUUAUUACUUUACUAAGAUAAUUCUGGUAAACCUGUUUUUCCUUAAUGUCAGACUGUAAGUCAUGUUAAGACUUUCGAAUUCUUCAGUAAAAAUAUUAUGAAUCUUAUUUUAUACUUCUUUUUUUCCAAAAUGAAACAUUUUCAAAUAUGUUUUACAUUCAUUAUUAAGGGGUUUGGUUUGUUUUUUGGGUUGUUGUUUUUUUUUUUUUCAGAGAUGUCUGCAAAAAAGCUUCUUGCCAAGUGUUCUGGUAAUUCGAGGUAGAUCACUGUGCUAUAAACUAACUUUAGCAUGGCCAGACAUUGAUUAUGUCAUCAGUGUGUUUCAGCAUAUCUAAGUGAAUGUAACCUUCUUGUAAAAUGAGUAUUUGUAAAGAUUAAACAGCUGCCAAAGUUCA